AAAAAAAAAGGGAAAAGGAAAAGGAAAAAAAAGGAGGUUUCAAAGCUUUGAUUAAGUUCUUUUUUUUUAAAUAUCUAUAUAUAAGCACACUACUCUCUUUACUUUCCGUAUCAACAAAUGCAGAACGAAAACACACUAAACGUACAGACCUCCUGGAAUCUUAAUGAUGGUGCCUUGGACCUUUUGAAUGAUGCAAUUGUCAGCCACAAUAGAACCCAGCAGAAAAUUAAUGAUAAUGGAUUCUCAGCUGCCCAAAGCACUCUAGCAACUGAAUCUGAUAAAGAUAAAGAAGAAUCUGAUACCUUGUCUGGUUCUAACAAAGCUGGUUUGUCAAAGCGAGUAUUUGAUACAACUGACCAAGCAGACGAGUUGUCUAACUCUGCCGCCAAACGACCUGGACGUAAACCACUUGAUGAAACUAUGGUUAAAGAUGAUUUAGACCCAAAACAAAAACGAAAGGCACAGAACCGAGCAGCCCAGAGAGCUUUUAGAGAGCGCAAAGAGCAGCGGGUGAAUGAAUUGCUUUUGAAGAUCCGGGAAUUAGAAGAGGCCUACAAUAGCAAGGACAUCCAAUUGGCAAAAGAAAAUCUGAUUCUCAAGGAACAACUCAGACAACUCGAACAGGAAAACCUUGCACUGAAAGAUGCGCAGCAAAACGAAAAUACCAGUACUACCAGUACUACUAGUACUACUAAUAUUAGUACCAACACAAGCAUGACUUCGGAGACGAAACCUAAAUCGGAGAUUUAUCCAAUCAGCUACAGCGAGAGUAGCGCUGAGGAUUGCAUGAAUAGUAGUAGCAGCGACAGUUAUUCUCCGCAGUCACAACACAAUCAGGAUGAAGAGGACAUAUCCAGUUCAACAAACACCCCGGUCACGUUUCCCUUGGCGUCUACCGAGAUUAGGUUUAACAACAUCCAGCCCUUCCAAGACUUUGAUUUCCUUUCGCUGCCCAACAACCAGGCGGUUGAUUCUACGCUCAGUGAGCUUCUUCACGGAAAGGGCGAUCUGUUCUCGACCUACCGAGAACCGGUUGAUGACAAUUGGAUUUAUGAAGACUCGCUCAAGGAUCUUUUUGGCCCAGAGUCAGACUUAUUUGGUUUCACAGCACCUGCACCCCACCCUGCUCCUGAAUAUAGCUCUGCUGAUUACAAUGCCCUGGUAGACAAAUAUAUCAUCACACCCGAGUACCAGGAACUCAAGGUAGAAGAUAAGAGGACCUACCUAGCUCAUAAGAUUGGAGAAGCCAACAGGUCUGGCAAACCAAGAGGCGAGAUUCACAACGAGCUUAUUGAGUGCCCAGACUUUAAUCUUGAUCUUUUGUGCAAGGAGAUGAAAGAGAAGGCGAGAUGUGACGUAUUGAAGAAGGUUCCUAUGACCGAAUAUGAAGUUAAAGCCUAUGUGGAUUCUUUCCAACCUUUUCAUUGAUUAAAAAGAAAAAUCAAUAUAGGACUCCUUGUAAAAUUCUCCAUCUACCUUUUCUUUUUAUUUUUAUUGUUUAUGUACUUUCCCUUUCUCUUCUUUGAUUGUCAACAUGCUCUCACCUUAGUUCUUCCUUUACACCCAUCUCUUUCGCUCGAUCUCUCUCUCUCUAUUUUUUUUUCCUACAUGCCCAAUGUAUUCAUUUUCAUAUAUUUUCUUUUUUUUAAAAAUUUUUCCAUUCAAUAUGCACAUUUAACAGCUGUUAUCUUUAAUGAUCGAUUCUUUUUUUUUUCUUUUUUUUCUUUUUUGUUGACUCAAAAAAUAAAAUAAAGAUCCCCUCCUCCUCCUCC